AUGAGAAAAGAGUUCAGAGGAGAUAAAAAUGUAAGAGCUGUAAAACUUCAAGCAGUUAGGGCAGAUUUUGAGUAUAUGAGAAUGACAGAUGGUGAAAACCUAGAUGACUAUUUGGCUAGGUUUUUUGGAAUUGUGAAUAAUUUGAAAUCACUUGGUGAAGAUGUGUUUGAAAAAAUGAUUGUGCAAAAACUAUUGAUCAGUCUAAGUAGAAGGUAUAAGUCCAUUAUGUCUAUCAUUAAGGAAACUCGAGAUCUGGAUACUAUUAAAGUUGAAGAAGUCAUUGCAUCCAUCAAAGUCUAUGAUAAAAGGGAAGACUUGCAUGAUGAAAGGGAUAAAUUGAUAGAAACUGGGAAAGUCUUUAGUAGCCUCAAAGUUGGCAAUAACCAAGCCACUGGUACUUACAAAGGUUCACAGAGAAAAGCCAAGUGUGGAAAAUGCAACCGGUUUGGUCAUAUUGCAAAUGACUAUGAUAGUCAUAAGCAAGUAGCUAAUUGUGCAAAGGAAGAAGAAGUAACCACAGGAACCAUGUUCUAUGCUUGUCACUCUUCAAUUAUGCAAGAUAGAAGUGUAUGGUUUGUGGACAUUGCCUGCAGCAACUACAUGACAUCUCAGGAGUCUGUGUUAAUAAACAUUGACAUAUCUAUAACUUGUAAAGUUAAAAUGGGCACUAGAGAUCUUGUACAAGCAAUUGGGAAAGGCACUCUAGUGGUUAAAACUCAGCGUGGGAAAAGAUAUAUAAAUGAAGUGUUGUUACAGUAA